UGGCGGGUCGUUACCUGAAGCCUCGGAUGCGAACAUUUAGUACUGGUAGAACGAGAAGUGAGAUUCGUAGCUUCGAACUUGUCAUACUUGUGAGACUUAAUUCUAGUUUACCUUGCACUAUGGAUAUCAGAAGCGUUGUCGCAUCCGCAGCCCUUGAUGGGCUGCAUGAUGUAUUUCCGACUGAAGCCGAAUGAGACCCUCUCCGACCUGAGCCAAAGGUGGAACAUGGACACGCUGUAUCGUCCCCUCACGGGGGAGAUGGUCUCCCUCAUUGUUAUUCUCUCCGUCUUCACCAUUGUUGGCUCCGUCGGCAACGGCCUCGUUAUAUUCGUGUUUCAGAAAAUCCGUGAAAAGACCACGGCUCACGUGUUCAUCAUUACGCUUGCUGUUAUUGACCUGUUCGCAUGCAUGGUAAUAAUCCCAUUUACGAUUGUCGUGGAAUACCUUCGUUACGACAUCCGGUACGACUUCCUGUGCAAACUGUACCAGUUCUUGAUCACGUCGGAGAUCCCACUUUCGGCAUUCAUAAUGGUGGCAAUAGCGUUCGACCGUUACUUCUGCAUCUGUCAUCCGCUGAAGACGAUUCUUACUCCAAAGAGAACCAAAAUUGUAAUCGGCUGUUUGACCUUGUUUGCCUGUACGCUUGGGAUUGUUACAGCUUUAGCGUUCGGCGUCUAUCAACGCAUCGUGAUACCAGACUACAGUUCCCCAGACUUGGAUGAGAACUCAACCAUACCAUCCAUAACGGAACCCAGAAUAUUCAGCAUGCGACCAAUGGCUGACGAGUCCCCGAAAGAAAAUGACAUCAACAAGCUUCUGAUGAGUCGAGUGUUUCAAUACAUGUCUGUGCACAAUAUAACCCGGAGGGCUGUGAUAAGGGAAAGUGGCUUCCGAGGACCGUACACGACCAUGAACAUGUAUAUCGGCAUUUGUCAGCCAACGCAGGAAAUCCUCAGUUUUGGUUUUGUGAACAUCUACCAAAAGGUGUACUCCUCUUUGUACCUCUUCUGCUUGGUUAUCGUCGGCGUCCUGUACGGCAUGAUCUACAAGUUCAUCACGUCACGUCGGUCGAGGAAGUUGCAGCAGAAGUUGACAAUGUGCACGUACAUCAACGGAGAGAAUGGAUACGAAGCUACGCGCCUUACUCUUCUAAAUGGGCACGAUGAGGAAAAACAAAAUGGGGACAACGAACAGAUGACAAAGGAUCGUGGUCGAAACGCUUCCGGGAACAGGAAUUCGGGGAGGCAUUAUGAAGCAGAAAGGUUACGUGAGGAAACAAGAGCGGCGAAUAUCAAAACAGCUUUAAUGUUGUUUGCAGUAACAGUCGUGUUUAUCGUUGCUUUCCUGCCAGCCUGGUUGAUGACGUACCGUAUUGUUCCUACCGUCAUCGUUGUUUUUUAUUCUUAUUUUGUGUACAACGUUGCCAAUCCUUUCAUUUAUGCCUUCAUGAAUCACAUUUUCAAAGAUAACAUUCAUAAAAUAUUUAGUUGUUAACAUUCAUCUCCAAGCAAUAAACCAGCAGCGAAGUUGGUGUCCUUGACCUUUCUGUGCGUGGUGAUCUUAACCUACAUGUGCGUGGUGACCAAGGAUCCAAGCUUACAGAACACACUGACAACACUCAGCAUCUUUCUGUGUGAAUGAGAGAACAAUGAAACAAGAUCUUCAAGAUUUAGUGGGACACUGACAAUGAAACACAUUUUACAGCCUUGCAUUCAAACCCUUGGUUUAAUUGUUACGGAGUGUCAACCAUGUGGCUACCGUCAUCCUACCCUCAAUGUCGAAGGUCGUGUUUACUAGAAUCGGAUCACUAGUGAUAGUGUAUGAAACUGGUAACUUGAUAUCAUAGUGUGAUUAUGGAAUUUGUCGAUUGUAAAUACCCAAAGAGUGGGAGAACGUGUGCGCAAAGCAUUUGAUUUGUCAGUGGUAAUUGAAACUGUAUUGACUUGUGAAUUGAAAUUAACUUGUGGCGGAAAUAGCUAUGUGAAUUGAAUAAUGGACAAUGGAUUGCAUCAAAUAUCUACUUCGCAGUGAGGAUGUGAAUUAUUGUUUAGAGCCUGGUAGGACAUGAACUAUAUUCAAAGAAUUGAAUUGAAACAAAUGAAUACAUGUCCUGGCGAAUACAGGUGUGACAUAUGAAUGUUCAAAAAAAACAUCGGCAUCUCGAAGAGAAGAUAACAAAUUUAAUGAGCGUUUAAGAUAUUCGCAGCCUCGUAUGUGGAAAUGACGAGCAAGGCUUUUCUCUACACAGCUCCAAAGGAGUUGACAAAUGUUUUGAUUUGCACAGGACAGAUAAACCUGUUUUGUCAUCAAGAAUGGUCAUACAAGUACACUAACGAAUGCAACAACGGGUCAAACAGAUCGAGAACAGAUGUGCGAUUAUAUGUUUAGACAAUUG